GCUAGGCUCUGGAUUCAUCGAUCCUGAACAGCUGAAUAUAGCAGUUUUGAUUGUUCAAAAAUGACUAAUGAUGUCUCCAAAAAGAAGGGGAAGAGUUCAAACGAGAAAAAGGCGAAAAGAAAAGCCAAAAGAAGAGAGACUUACGCGAUGUACAUCUAUAAAGUUUUGAAACAGGUUCAUCCGGACACGGGCAUUUCGAGCAGAGCCAUGAGCAUCAUGAACUCCUUCGUCAAUGACCUGUUUGAGAGGAUUGCCACAGAAGCGUCACGGCUGGCUCAGUACAACAAGCGCUCCACCAUCACUAGCAGAGAGGUGCAAACUGCGGUGAGGCUGCUGCUGCCCGGGGAGCUGGCUAAACACGCCGUGUCUGAGGGAACCAAGGCCGUCACAAAGUACACCAGCUCCAAGUGAAAACUUCAAAUGCAUUAUGAGGAGGGGGAAUUUGAACUUUCAGUUGGCAGUUUUGUAAGCUGGUCGUUAAAAUAAAUGC